AUGUUGUUAUCCACAGCAGCGCUAGAAAAGCACAAAGACAACUAUGACAUGUUUAAGCACCAGAUGAAACUGAACCGAGUCAAGACCUACGUAGCAGACCAGCAAAGCUACAUUCACCAGUACAGAUCGCCCAACAGUUCUAAUAUAGGCUCUGUUCCUGAAUCAUGCGAGAACCAAGAGCCUUUAAGCAGCAAUGCCUUUUCGGCUUCCAUCAGUGAGAUCAUCCGACGCAAGCAAGCUCGCCCAGAAGCAUCACUGUCUCCCAACACCCAGAAUGCUCCUCUUCAGCCGUCUUGUUACACUCGAAAGCAGCCUCUGCUUCAUCCGUCGUCCAUUGAUUGUUACAUUCAAGAGACCAACCGUCCUGCAGUGCCUAAUGAAUCCGUUCACCAAGGUACUGCUCUUGCUCGACACUCCAAGAAACACAAAUCAUCAUCGUCGCAUGCCUCAGAGAAAAUCUCUCUUCAAACAAAGCCCAACAUUAUCAAGAAAGCUGCUCACGGCAUGCACUUGUUGCAGAAAUUUGUAUCUCCCAACCUUAAAAUCAGCCGAAUCACCAUGAAAUCCAACAACAGGCAGCCCAAGCUUGGUAUAUUUAGAAAGGGCAAAUCAUCCGCUCUAGGCAGACCAAUUCCCGACAUUACGGAUUUCCUUGAUAGCACCAUUCAGCACAAGGAGAACAUUAAGCCAGCUGUGGUGAUGGAAGACUUGUCUCAUGAGCCUCCUUCCAUCUCCAAAUUCUUUAGCAAAAGACCAGCUCAGACAUUCAACAGUGCUUCAUCUCAUACGCAUCAUGCAACCACGGUCCAUCAAGACAAACCAAAGGAAGCGCCACAGACUACGCCUGUACUGUCAUCAGAUCACCUCGCAAGAAAAGGAUUCGGCUCUCCUGCUGCUGAUGCUGCUGCUCCAUAUGAAGCAUUUUCCAACAACUCAUUUGACAGUAUUUAUCGAUUACUGGACGAGUGUCAAGACAGGAGCCACUACUUGACAGCCACCAACGACCCUCAUGCCAAGCCAAAUUACGCUCCUGUCAAGACACCGCACUCUGUUGUUCAGCCGACAGCUACAGCAGACCACGCCAAGAUCAAUCCAAGCCAUUUGUCUUUUCUGAGUAACAGCAAGUUGCCUCAUCCUUUAUAUCCUUCGCUUGCGCAUCGAUCUCCCACACCACACAAUGAGCCUCUAUUUGCACAACCUCCUCAUGACAACAAUACGUCCUCUCCAUACAGUGUUCCACCCCAGCAGCCACAGCGCCCAUUACCAUCAGCAGUUUUACGGGAUCAAAAAUUGUCUGCGCCAUCAUGGCAAGUUGCAGAUUCAGAAGCCUCCUUUGCAGCCUAUACAGCUGCUGAAGAAUAUGUACAACUGCAACAGCAAGAAAAGGCAGCAGACGACGAUGAUCACACAACAACGGCAAAUGAUGAUUUGGAGCUUAUUUUGCAAUCACAGACCAUGAACAUGCUUGAUGAGAGUAUUCAACAGAACGAUGAGACUAUCCAAAGCUUUUGGUUGCGCCAACCAAGCUUCACAACACGAGGCCAUUGA